AGUUGGAGGCUGCAUCAGCAGUCGCAGCAGCUUUCCAGCGCUGCCGGUCUCGUGCCCAGUAGCUGCCACUCGUUCCCGAUGGACUCUGAGGGGAAAGCAGACAGAUGCUCGUGAGUGCCCCAUGGCUGCAGCUGCCUCAGUUCAUUCAUUUAUUGCCUAUUGUAACUUGGAAGCAUUCUUUAGGUCAGUUCAUCUUCUGGGACCAGUCCCUGCCUUCUGGUUAAGGAAUCCAUGCACACACACAGGAUGACUCAACAGCGGGAUGGAUGUUCAGAUACCAGAAGGGUGCUGGUAACUUGACAGGAGCUUCCACAUUCUUUGGAGAGACCUGCUGUACGUGAGACCUUUCAGGAAACUGUGCAGUUUCGGUACACCGGGUUGUGCUGGUACCUGGAACUUUCAUGAUGAAGAGAGCUAGGCAGAAAGUUGUGGUUGAAAAUGAAGCUCCUCAAACAUCACAAAAAAGCAAAAAACAGAAAACUUGUUUAUAUGGCUCGGUGUUCGGUGAAUCCGACUUGCACGCCUCCAUGGACUGGGGAAGCCUUCCACACCAUGUUAUUCUGCGUAUUUUUCAGUUCCUACCUUUAGUAGAUCGAGCCAGGGCAUCUUCUGUUUGUCGAAGGUGGAAUGAAAUUUUUCACAUCCCAGAUCUCUGGAGGAGAUUUGAAUUUGAACUUAGCCAGCCAGCUACUUCUUACUUAAAGUCUACACAUCCUGAUCUCAUUCAGCAGAUUAUCAAGAGGCAUGCUGAUCAUCUGCAGUACGUCAGCUUCAAGGUUGAUAGUAGUACUGAGUCAGCAGAAGCAGCCUGUGACAUCCUUUCUCAGUUGGUGAACUGUUCUAUCAAGACACUGGGAUUGAUUUCUACAGCAAAACCAAGCUUCAUGAAUGUCUCUAAGGCUCAUUUUGCUUCAGCACUGACAGUAGUUUUUGUAAACUCCAAGUCAUUAUCAUCAAUCAAGAUAGAUGACACACCGCUUGAUGAUCCUUCCCUGAAGGUUCUUGUGGCUAACAACAGUGAUACUCUAAAACUGCUAAAAAUGAGCAGCUGUCCUCAUGUAUCACCGGCUGGAAUUCUUUGUGUUGCUGACCAGUGUCACGGACUUAAGGAGCUGGCUUUGAACUACUACAUAUUAAGUGAUGAACUGCUGCUGGCUCUUUCAAGUGAAAAACACGUUGAUCUUGAACACCUUCGCAUAGACGUUGUGAGUGAAAAUCCUGGACAAGUUGAAUUUCACUCUAUUAAAAAGCAAAGCUGGGAUGCUCUUGUUAAGCACUCCCCCAAAGUCAACAUUGUGAUGUAUUUCUUCUUAUAUGAAGAAGAAUUUGAUGCUUUCUUCAGAGAGGAAACCCCUGUUACACACCUUUACUUUGGCCGCGCAGUAAGCAAAGCGAUGUUAGGUCGUAUUGGGAUGAAUUGCCCAAGGUUAAUUGAGUUGGUUGUGUGUGCUAAUGGACUUCAACCUUUGGACGAUGAACUUAUUCGGAUCGCAGAGCGCUGUAAGAACUUAACAGCAAUGGGACUUGGUGAAUGUGAAGUAACUUGCAGAGGUUUUAUUGAAUUUGUAAAGAUGUGUGGAGGCAGGCUUACCCAGCUUUCUAUAAUGGAGGAGGUACUGAUUCCAGAUAACGAUUACAGCUUAGAUCGACUUCAUUUGGAAGUCUCCAAACACCUCGGGAGAAUAUGGUUUCCUGAUAUGAUGCCAACGUGGUAAAUUGUCUACAUUUGUGGAUAAAAUGGUAGAAUCAGGAUGUUGCUUUCUAUGCAGAUAAAGAAUUUAAAAAUGAAAUAUGAAAACUUAUUUCCAGCUUUGAGUUUUUCUACUUUGAGAACGUCCUAGUAGCGUAACAGCAAAACAUUCAGGAAUGUUAAUGGAUAUAUUGAAAUAGAAAAUAGAUGAAGUGUACUUCACACUUCUGAAAGUAUGCCUGUGGUUUACAGGUGCUUCAAACUUCAGCGAGCUUGGGCUUCUCGGAGCUUCAGUCUAAAUGUUCCAUUCACAUACAAGAUUUUUUUCUUCAUGUCCUUGUUUAGUCUCUCUGAUGUAGUCAGAAGAGGACUAGAGAAACUUUUUAACUUUAGCAAAUCUAUCUUUAUGGGAAGCUGGAUACAACUGGGAGUUCAGGAAAACCGUAUUAUUUGCCAUGAUGUUUUAUGCAGCUAUUUUUUCAAAAUACUCGUGUUAUAAAUGUAAAAGCUUGUACAUUAAUAUACUUGCACUAGCCCAGGUUAUUCAACGAUAAUCUAGCUUAAACUCAUACCAGUGUAUGAAAAUGUUCUGGUAACUAAGCUUAUGAUUACAGAAAAAAUUCCAGUUUUAAAUUGCACUUUGAAUAAUUUUGUCAGAUGAGCUAAACUGUAUAGACCGCAUUGUACAGUAUGUCGUUUUUAUGUCUUAUGUAUUAAAUGGAUGGGAAAGAGACCUUGUUAAUUAAUUUAAAAGUUUGGAUCUAGAUUGAUUGCUUGGGUGAAUGACAAAGCACUUUGGAAACUGCCAGAGUAUAAGGAGUAGCUUCUGGGUUUGAGAGAGUUCAAAUCAUUGAUUAUAGAGAUUGAUGUCUGAAUGUUCUCCCUGUUCCAUGCUUUCAUUAUUAAGAGAUAAGAAGGAUCUCAUGAAUGUGGCUGGUGAGGAGGAAGGUGCACAUGGAAUGCAGUUGUCUUUGAUCACUUUCUGUCUCGAAUCAAGGCUUUAGAGCACUUUAAAAGAUGUAUUUGCCAGUUAGAGACCAAAAUGGCCCGUAGUAAUCUCGUGUGUCUCUCGCAGAGCUGGGCUGUAAGCCCUGAUUUCUAGAGUAAGGAUUGCUGGAGGUGAUCCUGAAACUUCUAAUUCAGGACUGUUUAGUACUUGUUGCUGUUAAUUAGUUUUUGAGGAAGAUUUUAUUUCUUUGUUUUCUUUAAAGGGGAAAGGAAUGGUGACUUGAUGUGAAUUAGAAUAUGUAUUUUUUUGGGGUUGAUGCUUUGCACACUGUAAACUGAAAUGCAUCGUACACAAAUUUUGCUGUAAUUAUUUUCAUGCUGUAGUUGUUCAUCUUCCUAUUUAUAAUGAGAAGCCUACAUUUGAUUUGCUGGUAGUACUUGUCACAUCAGAUAAAACAUCAGUUUAUUCCACGCUUACACUUCUUUACUGCAAAAGUAACAGCUAAAGGGUUAAACCACCAUUGUCUUGGAUGGACUUGUUCCCAGUUGCAAGCUAAAGGAUUUAAGAUAAGGUAUAAUGCCUGUUGCACAGUUAAGCAUCUGACACCGGUCGUUAUCACUUGUUUACCCAAGCACUUGCUUCCGUAAUCAAGGGGAUUCUAAUUGAUUUUUAAACAAGACUGAAAUAGUUCUAAACAGUAUUUGGUUUAAGAUCUGUGGUUUGCUUUAAAUGUCAGUGUAAUAAAGUGAUCUAAUACGUGCACUGAUAUUGGACUCUUCUCCAUCUGUUGCACCACGUCUUCCUGUUCGGCAGGGUUCUGUCCUGCUACAAACCCCACACGUGACAAGCCCGGGGAGAGGCAGUAGAAAUGUUUAACACGUGGAUUAUCUUGAAUUAGCCAUUGUCAUUUCACGUUCAUGCCUCAAACUUGGGGAUUUUUUUAUGUGCUGAAACUGUAAAAUGGAAUGUGGACGUAUCUUGUAGAUGGUUGGUAGGUCCUGGAGUCCUUCAUGCCUCUCUAGCUGACAUAACGGCAUUAAUGAAGUAUAUAGCCACACUAGUGGCUAUAUGCAGCAAUACAGUUCAGGAGGCAACCUUAAAUCCUUCUUUGAAUAUUGUCCCUUUCUCUGUCCUUCUACUAAAGCAGCUUUUCUGUGAAGCCAUGAAUGUUAGCUUGCUCCAGCUCCAAGCUUCUAGAAAAAUAGACCGGUGCUUAUUAACAUUGUGAAUUUUGAUGCAAUGACUUUUUUGUGCGUUCGCUCUGCUAACUGAUCUAAACAUGCAAGACCAACUGAUGCUUGAGUUUAUAGCUAAAUACCAACAAAAUUGAUAAUUAGUCCGUGAAAUAUUGAUUCUUCACUGGGGAGCUAAUUGAAGGGUAACUUCUGACUUGUUAAUGUUGAGUUUUAUAGUUGUGGUGUUGGAUUCGUUCAGCGUCACGUGUUGGUGCUAAGGUAUGUGCGUUGCGCUGCGGGGAGGAGCAUCAAACCACCGCCCUCUGUAAAGCAGCAGUAGUUCUUC